UCGAGGUGGCAGGAAGGGAGGUGCUGGGCACCGGCCGUGAAGAGCCAUCCCGCGCUCGGCACCGCGUUUGCCCGCUCGCUCGGCACUGCGUCUGCCCAGGCCUCGCUGGCCAUGCGCCCCACGGAGCCCUGGAGCUCCAGCCCGGCGCCGACGUUCUGGGACUACUACGGGUCGGGUGCCCCCGAGGAGCUGGAGGUGUGCGCGGCCCCGGACCUGCCCUACAGCUACGCCUACAUCCCCGCGCUCUACCUGGUGGCCUUCUGCGUGGGCCUGCUGGGCAACGCCUUCGUGGUGCGGCUGCUGGUGGAGCGGCGCGGCCCGCGGCGGCUCGUGGACACCUUCGUGCUGCACCUGGCGGCCGCUGACCUGUGCUUCGUGUUGACGCUGCCGCUGUGGGCCGCGGCGGCGGCGCGGGGCGGCCACUGGCCCUUCGGCGAGGGCUUGUGCAAGCUCAGCAGCUUCGCGCUGGCCGGCACGCGCUGCGCGGGCGCCCUGCUGCUGGCCGGCCUCAGCGUGGACCGCUACCUGGCCGUGGGCCGCCCGCUGGCCGCGCGCGCCUGGCGCACCCGGCGCUGCGCACUGGCCGCGUGCGGCGGCGUGUGGGCCGCGGCCCUGGCGGCCGGCCUGCCCUCGCUGGCCUUCCGCGGGCUGCGGCCGCUGCCCGGGGGCGGAGGCAGCCAGUGCGGCGAGGAGCCGUCCGAUGCCUUCCAGGGCCUGAGCCUGCUGCUGCUGCUGCUGACCCUGGCGCUGCCCUUGGCCGUCACCGUCGUCUGCUACUGCCGAGUGUUGCACCGCCUGCGCGGGCCGCCGCACAUGGGCCGUGCCCGGAGCCGCUCUCUGCGCAUCAUCUUCGCCGUCGAGGGCGCCUUCGUGGGCUCCUGGCUGCCCUUCUGCGCCCUGCGCGCCGUCUUCCACCUGGCGCGCCUGGGCGCGCUGCCGCUGCCCUGCCCCCUGCUGCUGGCGCUGCGCUGGGGCCUCACCGUCGCCACCUGCCUGGCCUUCGUCAACAGCUGCGCCAACCCGCUCAUCUACCUGCUUCUGGACCGCUCGUUCCGCGCACAGCUGCGGCGGCGUGGGGCCUGCGGGCGCGGCGACUCCAUGGCGCGCGGGGGCAGCUCGGCGUCCUCGCUCUCUGGCGACGACAGCUCCCCGUUCCGGAGCCAGGGCCGCGGGGGGCCCCGAGCCCUGACUUCCGCGGCGGUCGCGUAGCUGUGGGCAGCAGCGGAGCCCCGAGGAGCCGGAGGCGCAGCCACACGGGCCGGCCCCUAACCCCCACCCCGACCUGCCUCCCGGACCUGCCUCCCCAGGCUGCUCCGCCGCCGGCACUGCCAGCUCUCCCAGAACCUCAGCUUUUCCAGCCUCCCCCAAGCCAGGCGGCUGAGACCAGCUCUUCUCUUGUUCUGCCCAGUGGCGCCUGGUCUAAUUGUCCGCAACCCAAUAAGAGGCCUGUGCGAUGGAGCCCACGGCAGCGGGGGCACCCGCGGGUCCCCCAAAUCCGGGAGAAGAGAGUGGACCUGCCUUCUCUGCACCAUCAGCGGUAGCACGGCCAGACCCGCAGAAGCACUCUUGCUUGUCUCAGGCUCUCCCUUACAACCCCUACAAUCGCCUCUGCCUUCUGAGAAAUAUCUUCUCCCAGUCAGACCCUCUGGCCCCUCACUGAAAAUCCUAUGUGGGACCUCCUACCUGCAGCCCUCCUUGGUGGCUGAGAUCUUGGCAUCAUUACUCACCAUCAGUUCAGAUCUUCAUUUGCAAAGCUCAUCAAAGCGCGGGAACCAGCCUUGCUGGGGGCUCCCCAGGCCAUUCCUCCUGGUGAUUUCCCAGCUCCAGGCCCUGGGUUUAUAUCCCCACCCCUUCACCCCCACCUCCGCAAGCAGCGCCACUCACCCCAGAAGCUCUCCUGCCCCGUCCCUCUGGACAGAGGAUUCUGGAAUCUCUCGCCAGGCACUGGGGGGUCUCUGCAUCCCUCAGCCGGGACACCAGGCCCCUCUGUGAGUUCCCCUUUUUCAAUAAAUGCUUUUGCUGCCUGGCC